AUGGAAUCCACCGUGCGCUCGCCUCUGCCUUAUGGAAAUGCCUGUGCCAGCUGUGCUCGUGCCAAGUGUCGUUGCGUCCCCCGGAGGGGUGGGGGCAGCCGCUGUGAAAGAUGUCACCGUUUGAACAAGGAGUGCCGCGCUCCUGAGGGACGUCGCAAGACCCAGCCCCAGACCUUGUCCAGGUCGGUUCAGCUGGAACGGAAAAUGGAUGGCCUGAUGUCACUGCUGACCUCCUCCUCCGGCGUUCGGACAGAUCUGCCAAUUCCAAUUCGAGGGCAAAUUGAUUUUGAAUCAGAAAGGGAAGAUGAAGAAACAUUAGCAAUUGAAGAAGAGUCUCUGCACACUUUUCGAACUCAGCGGCUGCAGUUCCUCCCCCUGAUCCACAUACCGGCCACAACAACCGCUCGUGACCUGAAACGGCAGUCGCCAUUUCUGUGGCGUUGUAUCAUGACUGUGGAAAGUAAGCAUACAGCACGUCAAGCAGCCUUGUGUGUAAGGAUCCGGGAGCUGGCGGGGAAGCGGCUGCUGGUUGAUUGCGAUAAGUCCCUGGAUCUAUUGCAGGGAGUGUUGGUCUAUCUUGCAUGGAUCACGUUACACAGCCAGCCACAAAAGUCAUCGCUCUGUAUCUAUUCCCAAAUGGCGAUCGGGCUAGUCUUUGAGCUCGGCCUCGACAAGCCCGCGCCUCCGGAUCUUAGCAUGACAGUCUCAAACUCCAAUGCCGUAGGCCAUGUGCCGGGUUUGAAAGCAUCGAUUUCAACUCUGCGCACAAUGAAUGAACGCCGGGCGGUAUUGAGCUGCUAUGUGCUGACAUCGAUAAUCGCUCAGUUCCUGGGUCGAAUGGAUCCAUUGCGAUGGACCCCGCAUAUGAAGGAAUGUCUUGAUCUCUUAGCGCACAGUGAAGAAUCGCCUGGUGAUGGGGUGCUAGUCCAGCUCGUGCGCACCCGACUUCUCGCGGACCAAAUUCUUCAAGGUCCCUGGAGCGAGGGCCUGUAUGGCCUCAAUGCGACGCAAAACCUAGCUGCAUUCCACCUCAAGGCACUGCAGUCACGGUUGGAGACGAUCAAGGCCGAGAUCCCCAUUCAACUGGCUGAUAACAAACCCAUUCUCUUUCAUUUGUACGACACUGAGCUUAGUCUUUAUGAGGUCGCUCUAGUAAAGCCCCUUGCAGACGAAGAAUUCAGCCCCCAGCGACUCGAUCACCUCUACGCCUGUCUCCACGUGGUGAAACGGUUUUUUGAUCUAUUUUUUACAAUUCCCCCAGCUGGAUACUCGUCCCUGGCACUCUCUUAUCUUACACAGGUGUCGCACUGCUUGGUCACCCUCUUCCGCCUAUCGACCUUGGACUACCCGGGAUGGGACAAGAGCGCGGUGAGAAGCACGGUGGACAUACUUGUCAUUGCAGAGCAGAUUGCCACGCGCAUGGGCCAGGUGGCGGAUGCGGUUGGGAUGCGCAGUGAGGGGGCGCACGGCGAUCCGUUCAGUAAGUUGGGUAUGAUGAUGCAGAAGCUUCGGAGUGAAUGGGCAGUACUAUUACCAGAGUGCCCGGAGGUGGUAGCCGAUCAAAGCUCAGGUGAGCCAUUCUUAUCGAGCAUGGGGAUGAGUGAUCUGGAUAGCUUUAUGAACUGGUCAGAGAUGGCGUGGUUGAUGGAGGGGGUUGGGACCGGGGGAAAACGGCCAUCCAAGCUCCAUCGCGCCGCCAAUAUGAACGAAGGCAGCCAGCCACAUCUUCUGAAAUCCGAACACACCCCGUGGAACCAUGAUCUGAAUGCAGAGAACUCCAAUAAGAGCGAUGAGUACGAGCCAGAAUGGGUGGAGGGAAAGGCGCUGGUGAUGGUGAUUGCAGGUAUCACGCUUGUCGUGUUUUUGAUGUUGUUGGAUAUGUCGAUUGUUUCGACGCCGCUGACCGGGAAAUUCUACACUUACUUCUCUUCGAAGUGGACACUCCUCUCUUUUUUCAGUAUAUUCGAAGUGGGCUCCUUGAUCUGUGGGGUAGCAAACUCUUCCAAAAUGCUCAUCGUCGGGCGCGCGGUUGCAGGAAUGGGUUCAUCGGGCAUGAUGAACGGGGCGUUAAAUAUUCUGGCCGGUGCAGUGCCGAUCAAGAAGAGACCGGCGAUGAUUGGGAUCAUCAUGGGGGUGGGCCAACUGGGCUUGGUUGGAGGGCCCCUAGUUGGUGGUGCUUUUACAACUUACUCGACUUGGCGAUGGUGCUUCUAUAUGAACCUUCCCAUCGGGGCAUUAGUUAGUGCCCUGCUCCUAUUCACACGGAUCCCAGACCAAAAGCCAAAACAGCCUGCCCGAGAGAUCCUGCGUUCCGUCUUCAUGCAAAAGUUUGACUUAAUUGGGUUUGUGCUGUUCGCACCGGCCUCAAUCAUGCUUCUUCUGGCGCUGCAGUAUGGUGGGAAUGGCUACUCGUGGGACAGUGCGACAGUCAUUGGCCUGUUCUGUGGAUCAGUUGCGACUUUCGUGGUUUUUGCCUUGUGGGAACGGCAUAUGGGCAUCAAGGCAAUGAUUCCGGGUCAUCUAGUCCGCGAUAAAAUUGUUUUUUCCAGCAGUCUACUAUCCAUGAUGAUCUUUGGGUUUACGAUGACUCUCUCAUACUACCUGCCCAUCUACUUCCAGUCCGUUCGAGGCAAGUCCGCCUUGUUAAGCGGUGUCAACUUGUUGCCAACCAUUCUAUGCCAGCUAGUCAUGGCCGUGGCAUCCGGGGUGCUGACCUCAAAGCUAGGUUACUAUCUUCCUUGGGCUGUUCUCGGAGCUAUUCUAGAUGCCGUGGGAAACGGCCUGCUCUCCACAUUGUCACCUACUACCUCGGUGCCCACCUGGGCCGGUUACGAAUCACUGGUAGGAUUCGGUCGAGGUGCCAUCUCCCAGGUUCCAAUGAUCGCCAUCCAAAACGCGGUCAAAGGUGAUGACGUAUCCACUGCUAUGGCCAUGAUGACCUGUGCCCAGACCUUUGGCGGGUCCAUCUUCCUGGCCGUGGCAGAAGUCAUAUUCGCUCAGGGCCUGAGGACGAAGAUUCCCGAGUACGCCCCCUCUGUGAAUGCCGAAACAGUCAUCCAGGCCGGGGCGACCGGAUUCCGCCAAGUUGUGUCGGCGCAGGACCUUCCCGAAGUGUUGGUAGCGUAUGCGCAGAGUAUAGACCGGGUUUUCUAUUUGAAUGCCGCACUAUCCUGUGCGCAAUUUGUCUUCGCAUGGGGAGUUGGAUGGAGG